CACCAGGUCUAGUCAACUACUGCAAACCCGUCCGUGCGCUGGGCGGCUCGUGACCAGAGUUCUACCUCAGCCCUCGCGCAUCACCACCUCAACUCCGAGCGUCGCCCAAAGACUUAAAUACUUCCUCGUAACCUGUUUCAUUUAAUCUCAGGUUGUUCAAAAAUGGCAUUCAAUGUUCCUGCCAAGUCUUUUGUUGCCAUUUCAGAUUUGCAUCCCAACACUGCUCGUCCUAAUGUAGUUGGAGUUGUAAUUGGAAAAACCGAUGUCAAAGGAUUUCCAGACAGAAAAAAUAUUGGGUCAGAAAGAUAUACUUUUAGUUUUACCAUCAAAGAUUGUCCUGACCAUUUUAUCAACGUCUCAUCCUGGGGCAGAGAAGACUUUAUCCGAGCAUUGUCAGAGAGCUUCAGAAUCGGUGACUGUGUUGUAAUUGAAAACCCAUUAGUGGUGACAAAAGAUACAGAGAAAGAGGAAAGGUACAGCCCUUCAACUCCAAGUUUUUAUAGACUUUUGGUGAGUGAGAACCAUUCAACGGUGAGAAGGUGCUCAGACAUUGAAACGGAUACUACGCUGCUUUCUUUACUACAUCUACCUAUCAAGGAUCCUCAGGAUUAUUACUCACUUGGAGAUAUUGUUGCAAAUGGACAAAGUCUUGAUGGAAAAGUCAUUAAUAUUCUUGCAGCAGUUAGAUCGAUUGGAGAGCCAAAAUACUUCACAACUGCAGACAGAAGGAAAGGACAGAGGUGUGAGGUGAAAUUAUUUGAUGAUACCGUAUCUUCUUUUUUACUGAUUUGUUGGGACAACGAAGCCAUUCAGCUUGUUCAGACAUGGAUACCGAAAGAAACAGUGCUGUUUCUUGCUGAUGUCCGAAUAAGCUUUGACAGCUUUCGAAACAGUAUGAUAGCUACAGUUUUUUCGAAAACUAUCAUUACAACAAACCCUGAUACUAAAGAAGCCAAUCUGCUGUUCAGCUAUGUCAGGGAAUUUGUAGAAUUUGGAGGACUGGAUGAACAAGAGGAACAGACAGGAGACCAAGUGAACUUGGACUCCAUUGUGGAUGUAUAUACUGUACAACAGGUAAAGCUCAGAGCCCAGGAGAAUUUAGACAGGUCUGACCCCAUCUUUGGAAUGACUUUUGCCUUCAUUACUGCACUGAAUCUUGACUCAUCCAUUUCAAAGUUAAUACGAAACCGGUGUGCUUGGUGCAAAUUUGCAAUAAAUGAGGAAUCAAACACAUGCGUGAAUGUUUCAUGCUCUGGAUCUGGAAAACCUCUGGAUGUCAUUACAACCUUUGAUUUACUGGUGGGCCUUACUGAUCAUACAGGCACGCUGCAAUCCUGCAACCUGUCCGGGAAUGUAGCCGAGAAAACAUUAGGUUGCACUGUUGAUGAUUUUGUCUGUCUAACGGAGAGCCAAAAAACAUCCUUGAAAUGGAGAUUUCUUUUGGAAAGGUGCAAAAUUUAUCUGAAGAUACUUCCAUCACCGAAUUCCAAAACUGGUUUUAGAGUCAACGUGCUGUCCUGUACACUUGCUGACCCUGAAGAAGUAAGCCAAAGCUUAUCUGCCUUGGGAGUGUGAAGACAACACCACCAUUCAGCUUUAUCUUUUAUAAGAAAUAAAACAACAGUAAUGU